UCGUCAAUUCAGUCUCGAGUGAACCUUGAACCGUUGCGGACGCUUUAUUCUAUCCACUCCUCAGUUCGGGCUUGCAUGUGCAAUGUGCAACUCGCGCGUGGGAAUUCCACAAGUGCGUAUUGGAACGAUUCGUAGUGCCAUUUGAUUGUGAAUUGCGCUUAGAGGUUACUACGGUAGAUGGGAAGUCGAUGUGCAAUCUGUUUGGGAUGUUAUAAGUGUGAUACUUCAUUCAAUCGUCCGUUCGGGGUAUAGUAACGGCGUACUUCCAAGAAAGUCGUUUAGUACACAGGGUAAUGUGAAUGGUAGAUUCGAGUGCACAUACUUAGUUUCUUCGAAGUUGCUGCAUACGUGUGUGAAUGGAAGUGAUAAAAUAAAGUGAAUGGGUGGAGAAACAACCAAGAAGCAACUGGGGAGCAGCAGCAAACAUAUUUGAGUAAGAUCCCCGAAAAAUAAGAAACAAAUUGCGACCCGUGGAAGAGAGAAAAUCCAAACGACGAACGGACCAAGAUUCGGUCCCAAAAAACGAAAGGCUCAGAAGUCGCUGCACGGCAACAACAAAAAUAAGAAGAAGCGGGAAGAAUUGGAGAUAUCAGAAUCGAGAAGGUCCGCGCGUUUCUUCGCUUGUCGGUGGAGAAGAAAACCGAUAAAAGCCGAUAAAAGUCUCUUAAGUGGAAAAGUAUAAAAAAAAGUUUGAUAAAUUUAGUGAUUUCGAAAUGUUUGUUUGAAAUGCAUCGUGAACGAGUGUGGCGUGAAGAAGCACAAAGUUAAUACGGAGAGCUGGGAAGAAACCAGUGAUAAAGUAGCAGGGUCAGCGAAAGAGUUGUCGAUGCGUAAUAAGAACAUCAAAACAACGACAGACACCAAAAUCUGUUUGCAUACGUCGUGGACGUCCAUUUAUCGCCCGUCUCCCAAAAGCAGCCACAGGCGUCAAUCAUCUGCCAUCGUCAUCGCCGUAACGUGCGAUUUAUGUGAGCACCAAGUGAGCUUCCCUGAACCACAAGUCCCCAAAAAUUCGCGCCACCGCCGGUAGAUAGUCAGUGGAAUAGUGUAUCUCCGUCCUCGUUCAACGUCGCCGAGUCGGUCGUCGAGCGGUGAAUGCAAAUUUCCUUAAACCCAUCAGCAAAGUGUCCAGCAAAUCCGGCGGCCGUUGUCAUCAGGGAAAGACCGUGAAGCACUGGGUACACAAAAAACUCCCUAAAAUGGAGUGAGGGUCGUCGUAGUCGUCAAUCAGUGAAGAAACGCAAGAAAAAAAAGUGAGAAGUGUGAUGCCGGGCAAAAGUUUAACCUCGUCGAAGCACAAAAAGUUCAGAUGAAGUUUCUGACGUGGGGGAUGGAAAGAAAAGAAGGGAAGUUUUCAGCGUUAUUUGCUUCCGAUCGAAGAAGUUCUUCGUAGCGUGACCAUGAGUGGGCGUUGAUCGUGAUAGUUUUGUGUUGGAAAAAAGGGGGUUCAUGUGCAAUUUCCAUACGUUCAAGUCAUUCAAUUUGGAAAAGUUUUUUCCUCGCUCGACAUAUAAUCCUGGAAGGCGCGCUGGGGUGAAAAAAAGAAGUUCGUUAUAGUGAGUGAGCAACAAUGUGUCAAACAAAGAGAAAAUUGCAUAAUCAGUGUCAUACCGGUUGGAGCAAGAUGUGGCAACCAUCUGUGAUAUAUUUGAUAGUGAUCGUACAAACUGCCGGCUGGUGGAGGCUGGGGAUAGCGAGACCCAGCGAUUUGGAAGCGAACGAUAUGUAUCGUGACCUACUUAGCCAGAACGGGGCCCCCGAAAUCGAAUCGUACAAACCGGAGGUGGAGCUGGAGGCGGGCAUCAGCUACGAGAUGACCUGCAAAGCCAGCGAACCCAUCCGAUGGCACAUCAAACGCACAGAGCAAGAGGACAUCGAACCUCCACUGAUCGAGAUCGCAACUAUAGAUACCAACGAUACGGACAAACCGUUCGGAAUCAAGGUGACCAUUCCGGAGACUUCGGCCGAGGCCGUAGGUCGAUACUACUGUAUAUUCGAAUCGAUCGAUAACUCAGACCACGACGUAGAUUUGGAAGACGUGGAAGCCGACUACAAAGCCACCAGUACCUACAUUUUUGUUAAGGAUCCAAAUAGCCCCCUAGUUCCAGUGACUCAUCUCGUCGUCUACGCACAGCAGUACGAGGACGUGGUUAUUCCCUGUAAACCGUCGUCCAAGGAUAUUACCGUCGAGUUGGUCAAAGACGAACAGGAGAUGCAAAUCGAAAACUACAGAUAUUCCGAAUCGGUUGGGUUCGUCCUGAGGCCGAACCGGUUGGAGGAUGGUGGCCACUACAUUUGCCGUGCCAAGGAUCACCCGAGCGCAUCCGAACUCUACAUCCAGAUGGACGUCAUGGAAUCCUAUGAUUUUGAACAAGCCGUCACAGAGUUCAUUCGCAAGCCUCGAAUCAACGGAACGCAGCACAUCAAAGAGGGCGACACGAUCGAGUUGACCUGCCUGUUGGACGUUGCCGAUACGGUUAAAUUUGAUAUGAAAUGGAAGCUGCCCAACAAGCGUUUGGCCGUCAAUAAUUCCCGAGUAACCGUCAGUCGGAUGUCGGUCACUUCGGACCCAGAUCAUCCGGGCUACCUGGUGGGUCAAUUGAGUCUAACGAUCAACGGAGCAUUGGUGAGCGAUUCCGGGUACUACCAGUGUGAAGUGACCGACCACAACUCCCACUCCAACCACAAGUCGGCCCAAGUGCACGUCGUCAAACAGGCCGACAUUGGCUUCAUAGAGCUGACCGACGACAACAAGCUCGACUUCAUCAACAUCACCAGCAAGCGAGACAUCAAAAUCGUGAUCAAGUACAAGGCCGUUCUCCAGCCGGAGUUCUACUGGACCAGAGACGAUCACCCGGAACCGCUGGAGGCCGGCGACCACUACUCGAUAUCGGAAACCAAUCAACGGAUUACGCUCACCAUCAAGAAGUCGACCAUCUUCGACACGGGACUGUACACGCUGCAUGCGCAGAACGAACUAAACUACACGACCUACCCCAUGAAGGUGUACGUAAGGGAUAAACCUGUCGUGUCGAUCAACCCGAUCCACGCCCGGCCCGGCGAGAAGGUCACCUUCGUUUGCACCGCCAUCGCGUAUCCCCAGCCAGCGAUGCGGUUUGCCUUCAUCCCUUGCACGGAAACUCCCUGGAAGAACUGCUCCAAGUCGCUGCACAAAGAACACGUCAAACACUAUCCAAAGAUUUCGCGAUUAGUUGCCUGGCCUCAAGAGGACGAAAUAGUGAUGCGGACGGGCAAACGUCUGGAGGAAGGUGGUCACCAGUCGGACAUCAUCACUACCGAGCAGUAUGAAAUGCAAGCCGAAACCGCAGGGUAUGUCGGAUGCCUGGCUGUGAACGGCUACGGAGAGGACUUUGUGAAGGCCGAUCUGCUGAUCAGUGACUUGAGCAAACCGGUUGUGAUCGAGAAGCUGUCUCCUGACGAGGAUGUCACCAUCGGCGAUGAAGUGACGAUCGAAUGCGCCGCAGUCGUUUACAAUCAUACCGAUGCGAUUGACUUCUUCCGCGAUGGUGUCCUGUUGAGCGGGUUAGCUGGAAUUACCAUAGAGAAGGACUAUAAAACGUUCGCCUAUCGAACGAAGUUGAUCAUUCACAGCGUCGGCAAAGAGCAUCAAGGGGUGAUUCGAUGCCAAGCGCAGUUGAUGAACUCGAACGAAUUCGACGAAGAUGAGCUGAUGCUGGAAGUGUACGAACCAACCGCUCCAGUAAUCGUAGAUGAACAUGUCCACGAAGAACUGGAGAUGGAGAUCGGCGAGCGGAACACGUUCUCUUGCAAUGUGGAGGGAAUGCCGAAACCGGUAAUUGAGUGGACCAAAAACGACGAGUUUGUAAUGUUUGAUAACGACACCUUAGUGUUGCUGCCCAACGGAAGCAUACACAUGCCAUUUUUGAAAGUCGACCUCUCCGGUGACUACCGAUGCUUGGCUAGGAACAAAGUUGCCCAGGCGGAAAAGAUUUGGAGUCUACGAGUAAAAACCGUCACGAUCAAAAAGACCUGGGUAUAUCUUAUCAUAUCCAUGAUACUCGCAUUGGUCAUCGCAGUCGUGCUCAUCUCAAUGUUCUACUGUAAGAAGAAGAAGGAACUGAAGGCGAUGAAGGCAGCUGGAAUUGAGGACUUCGACAAAGGUAAUGUAGAGCAGAUGAAUCCGGAGCUAGCGUUGGACGAGCAAGCGGAUUUGCUUCCGUACAAGAGUGAGUACGAGUUCCCGAAGGAGAAGCUGAAGUUGGGCAAACAGUUGGGAGCUGGGGCGUUUGGUGUGGUGAUGAAGGCCAUCGCUUCCGGGAUCAUGGUCAACGAGGACGAAACUGUGGUGGCCGUUAAGAUGGUGAAGAAGCAAACAGACAAUGAAGUGAUGCGGGCGUUGAUUUCAGAACUGAAAAUCAUGGUUCAUCUGGGUCAGCAUUUGAACGUGGUGAAUCUGCUGGGAGCCGUUACGAAGAACAUCGCCAAAAGAGAGCUGAUGGUUAUUGUGGAGUACUGUCGCUUUGGAAAUGUCCAGAACUUUCUGUUGAAACAUCGGCCUUACUUCAUAGAUCAGGUCAAUACCGAGACUGGUGAAAUCGACUCGACUAUCGACACGAACAAGCUUCGGUGGUCAGCUGCGGGCUAUACUUACAACAGUAAUUCGACUGCCUACCCAAAGAACCACCUAAAUUCCAAGGGUUACGUGAGACACUCCGGUAUCCAGAAUAUGGCCAUGGUCGAUAGCUGUAACACUGAAGCGACAAUCAUGACUUCCGUAGACGGUUACGACCUGAACACAGCCGACACCGCAAACAACACAGUGAACUCCGGGAACUCCAAUGAGCCACUCUGGAGAUCAAAUUACGGCAUGGACUACAAAGGUCCUGCUAGAGCCGUAACCACUACGGACUUGGUAUGCUGGGCAUCUCAGGUGGCCAGUGGUAUGGAAUAUCUUGGCUCCAGGAGGGUCCUCCAUGGAGAUCUGGCGGCCCGUAAUAUACUCCUCUGCGAUGACAAUGUGGUCAAAAUCUGCGACUUUGGUCUCGCUCGAUCAAUGUACAAGAGCGAAAACUACAAGAAGAAAGGAGAAGCUCCUCUGCCAUUCAAGUGGCUAGCGUUGGAAUGCAUUAGCGAUAACGUCUUCGGCACCUACUCGGACGUGUGGGCUUACGGUAUCGUGUUGUGGGAAUUCUUCUCACUGGCACGGGUGCCCUAUCCAGGUAUGGAAGCCAACCAAGAACUGUACAACAAACUGCGCGACGGGUAUCGCAUGGAUAAGCCACAGUACGCCAAUCAGGACAUUUACGAUAUCAUGCUAAAUUGCUGGAAUGUGAAGCCCGAUUCACGACCUUCGUUUAAAGAUCUGAAGAGCCGGUUCAACGCCAUGCUGCCGGAGGAAAUGCGAAAUCAUUAUAUCGAUCUCAACGAACCAUACUUGGCUAUGAAUGCCGAGAAGGAUCAGCGAGGAGAACCCGACUACCUGGCUAGUUUAGGACCGCCAGAAGGACAGGCACCCAAAGCUCCGCCAAACUACGUCAAUGGAAUCAUCCUCCCCUUACCUCCAAUUUCUGACAAGCCGGACUAUCUCCAAAUGACCAAGUCCGACUCGGAUGACAUCCACUUCGAUUUUGCCUCGUUCAACAACAGCCAACCGUCCCCGACGCUGAAGAACAACCUGGACUCCAGUCCGCAGCAGGGCAGCAAACGCCACAAGAAGAAGGCCAUCCCGGAGGAGAUCCCGAUGCUGCAGAACCGUUCCGGCGGUAGCCAUGGGUUCAACUCUGACUCGGAAACGGAAGCGACCAGUCCGGUGCCGAUGGUUCGCACAACUAAGCUUGUACAUCCGGAGCACGAGUACACCAAUGUGAAACUUCUGGACAAGCCGAGUGGCAACGGACACAGCGCGACCACCAAUGGGACCGAUUCGGAUGCGUUCAGUAAUCCCGGGUAUGUGGUGGUCCAUGCACCCAACGAAAAGAGAUUGAAGUAGAUUUUAGGCGUCACUCCCCGGGACGGGAAGGUUUUACUUAUCUUGGACUGAGAUCGAGGACGGAUGUCGAACGUACGCUUGAGUGUGCUUUGAAAAGAUGAAGUAUUUUAAUAGAGCGAUGCAAUCUAUUUACUACUUGUGGGAGAGUGUGUGGGUCUUGUGUGUAUGUGAAACGAAUGGUUUACGGACAAGAGUGAUUAUUUCACACUCGCUGCGAGUGGGGAAAGCUUUUAAAAAUGUUUUCUCUCAUAUUAAUGCCUUAAAUGUUUUAGAAACUAUUGGAUAUUUUACUAUUAUAGUAUAUAAUAAUUAUGUGUAAAUUAUUCGA